GGGUAAAAUCAAAGGGGCCAACACCAAAGCGUGGUACAAUGCUAAAUGUAUAGGCCUGUAUACGUUUAAUGUUAUAUUACGAGUAAGAACGGGUGUGUAUUUGGCAUAGUUUUAACAUAUCAUAAAUAAAAUAUAAAUACUAGUACUGAAAGGAAGAGGUACACCGACAACUGAUUAUGAAGACGAUGUGGAAUAUAAUGCUUCUUAAUUUUAUCUUAAGAACAGAUUCUGUUCAAGGCAACAGAGCGUGUCAACAACUGCCUGGUACCGCCGGUUAUCCAGUGAUCAACAUGUGUGAAAGCAAUGCCGCCCAAAACAGUGAUACUUUUUAUCUGGAUGCUUUCUCUAAUUCCACAACUGACCCCCAGUGUAUCUGCGUACUACAAGUACAGGGAGCGGCUGAGAUUGGCUUUCAACAAAAUAUCAUUUCUGGGGAUCCUUGUGUGUCUACCUUAACUCUGUACAGCAAAAUGACAAAGGAUCACGCGUUUUCAUGUCGCACAGAUAGCUCAGCAAUAAAUAUCACAACAAACUACACCACCAUGUUGUUGGAACUGAAGACGUCGACGUUGAGUCAGGAAUCCGCCUACUGUUUACAGGUUUCCAAGAAAGGAGGAGCAGUUGCAGCUGUUGCAGGUGGUAUUGUUGGUGCAGUUUUUAUUGUUGUUGCUGUGGUUGUUGUCGUAAUCAUCAAUAAAAGGAAAAAAGCAACAAAAAAGAAUCAAACUACAGAUGACGAUGGCUAUUAUGAAAUUAGGGAUGUUAACCCUAAUAACGCUGAUGCCAACACAAAUAACAAUGUUAACCCGUAUAAUACUGACGACAAUGUUGGCAACACUUACGAACAUCUACAACACAACACUGUACAGUAUGUUAACACGCCGUCCAGUGUUGACGGAGACCACGUGUACCUCCAUGUCAACGAACCAAUACAAGAAUUGCCGGACGAUACACAUUAUCCCGAUCCCGAUUAUUAACAAACAAGACUGACUCGUACAUUUCAGACACUCGUCAGUUACUGUGUAUAUACACACACACAUACACACACACACACACACACACACACACACACACACACACACACACACAUAUAUAUAUAUAUAUAUAUAUAUAUAUAUACUCUUCAAAAAAGUUGGGAAACUCUAAUAAGAAUUUACAAUUGCCAAAACUGUAAGGUGUAUUAGCUGUGGGGAAUGGUUGUAUGAUAAUAGUGUAUUAACUGGACAAACAUUACAACCGGUAGUUCAGUAUUACAGUAGGUGUUAUGACGAUUGGGGUCAGAAAUGAUUUUUUUUUUUAUCAGUAAAUAGGAAAUUCAAACAAUAAAAAUUACUAAAAAAACCAAC